GAUGAGUCAAGUGUAUUUUUCCAAUUGUUACACCAGCAACUCUUAAAUGUGCGAAACGAGUGUGCGCCACUAAUUAUUGUCCCAGGGAAACACGUGUUUGGCGAACAUUAGUUCCACGGUUGAGAACACCUCGAAGACGUCAAAACAGGAGGACAAAACAAGGUGGUGUUUGACGGAGAAGGCGUUGUUGUUUGUUAUUAUAUAGUUCAUUGGUCUGAAUCAGAACGUACAUAAAUUACGUUUAAUAGAGCAAACGCCGGUUUGUAUCCGGAUACAUUAGUCUGAGUGGACUUUGAUGCUUCUCGUGCUAGCCUAGCCUGCUAGUUAGCUUAGCUUGUUAGCCGCUAACGAAGAGAGGCGGAAGUGAUCAAAACACAUCGCUAAGCAGACAUCAAGUGUGAGUGUCAAGUGUUGUGAUUGUGGGAAAAUGCGUAAGUUACAAAUGCUGCGAGCGCUGGUGAAUCAGCGACUAUCUGCUGCUGUUGAAGAAAUAUUUGUGAUGUUCGAAAGAACGAUAGCAGAGUACGAGGAGGAACUUUCUCGAACGAAAGAGGAGAAGGAGCGACAACAUCAACUACUGGACGCUGUUUUCAAGACACAUCAAGUUGAGUUACACAGAACAGGCGUCCAGCAGCCCCCCCACAUUAAAGAGGAAGAGGAGGAAGUGUGGAUCACUCAGGAGGAAGAGUGUCUUCUAGGGCAGGAGGAGGCUGAUCCCACCAAGUUUCCACUGACUGUUGUCUCUGUGAAGACUGAAGAGCAUGAAGACAAACCACCUGAGUCCUCACAGCUUCAUCACAGUCCAAACAUGUGUGAAGGACAUCUCCCUGAACAACAGGAGUGGAGCUUAAGGAUGGUAAAAGUGGAGCCACAGCCCUCCCACAUUAAAGAGGAAGAGGAGGAACACAGCAUCAGUUCGGAGGGAGAGCAUCUUGAAGGACUGGAGGAGGUUGAUGUCACCAAGAUGCCAGUGACUGGUGUGAUUGUGAGGAGUAAAUAUGAUAAGCUCAAAGGUGAAAGUGAGGAGAAGAGAGAGGCGGAGCCUCCAAGCAGCAGCUCAACUCAACACAUGACAACAGAAGCUGAUGGAGACCACUGUGGAGGAUCACAAGCAGACAAGCUCUUAGCUCCACUAUCAGAUAGUGAGGACACAACGUCACACUCUCCUGACACUGAUGAUGAACACUCUAAAGAUGAUAAGACAUGUCACACCGACAACACACACUUGACAUGUUCUCACUGUGACAAAACCUUCAGAUAUCCUUGUUAUCUAAAGGUACACAUGAGAAUACACACUGGAGAUAAACAUUUUCGCUGCUCAGUCUGUGGUAAUGGAUUUGCACAAAAAAAUGCGUUGAAAGACCACAUGAGAACACACACAGGAGAAAAACCUUGUUCCUGUUCAAUCUGUGGUAAAGGUUUUGUACAUAGUAACUAUUUAAAAGUACACAUGAGAACACACACAGGAGACAAAUCUUUCAUCUGUUCAAUCUGUGGUAAAGGUUUUGUAGAAAGUACCAACUUGAAAGUACACAUGAGAACACACACCGGAGAAAAACCUUUUAAAUGUUCAAUCUGUAGUAAAGGGUUUGUACAAAGUCAAUAUUUAAAAGUACACAUGAGAACACAUACUGGUGAAAAACCUUUUACCUGUUCAAUCUGUGGUAAAUGUUUUGUAGGUAGUCAUAGUUUGAAAGCGCACCUGAGAACACACACUGGAGAAAAACCUUUUUCUUGUUCGAUCUGUGGUAAAGGUUUGAAAUCAGGUCAAAAUUUGAAAGUACACAUGCGAACACACACAGGUGAAAAACCAUACUUAUGUUUAAGCUGCGACAAAAGCUUUUGUCACCAUACGGCAUUUGUACGACAUAUGAGUACACACGCUGGUGAUUAAGUGUUGAGUUGCAGUGUGUGUGGUGAACGUUUCUCUUCGAAGUACCAGUGUAAGAAACACAAGUGUGCUGGUGAGAACAGCAGCAGCAAAUGAAGAUGCAGGAUUUGAAAUAUACUGUCAAGACUUUAACUUUGAUUUUAUAACAACAUCAGCACAUAUAAUGUUUGGGUUGUCUUGGAAGACGUUUCGCCGCUCAUCCGAGUCGGCUUCAUCAGUUAGUGCUCCUAGAUUGGUCAGAUCAGGGAUUAGUUUAGGGACUAGAUCUGACCAAUCUAAGUCAAUAGGAGCAUGAACUGAUAAAGCCGACUCGGAUGAGCGGUGAAACGUCUUCUAAGACAAACCAAACAGUCCAAAUGACACAGUUAGUCAUAUGAAGCCCUCUGGUUCUCCUGCAGACUCCCUCCCACCUCGCCUGUUUAAGGAGGUACUUGCUACUAUUGGAUCAAGUGUCCUUAACAUUAUCAAUAGUAGCCUCUCUUCUGGAAUAGUUCCAGUAGAGUUUAAACAUGCAGUGGUACGACCUCUACUUAAAAAACCAAGCCUCGACCCCUCUCUCCUCUCUAACCUUAGACCUAUCUCUAAUCUUCCAUACAUUUCUAAAAUAUUAGAGAAGGUUGUCUACAGUCAAUUGUUGCCCUUCUUAGAGGAUAAUGGUAUCACUGAGUUGUUCCAGUCCGGUUUUAAAGCCCUCCACAGCACAGAGUCAGCGCUUUUAAAAGUUUUUAACGAUAUCCUCCUGUCAACUGAUUCUGGUAAAUAUGUUGUCCUGGUGCUUUUAGAUCUGUCUGCUGCUUUCGACACCGUCGACCACGCCACCUUAAUCACUCGUCUUGAGAACUGUGUGGGCAUUAAGGGCGCCGCCCUCAACUGGUUCCGGUUGUACCUAACUGACAGGAGUUUUUGUGUAAAAAUAGACAGUUUUAUGUCUUCCACAGCUCCUUUACCACAUGGGGUCCCCCCGGGCUCAAUCCUUGCCCCAAUCUUAUUUGCGCUUUACCUUUUCCCCCUUGGUUCUAUUUUUAGGAAGUACGAUAUUGCAUUUAAUUUUUAUGCCGAUGAUUGCCAGAUGUAUUUUCCCAUGGCACAAAAUAACACGGUUCAACGUCUUAUUGACUGCCUGCACGACAUCAAAGCCUGGCUUUCAGCUAACUUCCUGAGCUAGAAUUGUAGACAAAACAGAAGUUAUGUUGUUCGGUCCAAGUCGCUCCCCCUCCCUCAACGUUGACCUCGGCACUCUGACCCCGUAUCUCAGCGACUGUGUCACAAACCUGGGGGUAAAGUUCGACUCAGAUUUUAAAUUCGAAAAACAAAUCAGCAGCGUCGUACAAAAAAGUUUUUAUCAAUUACGCCAAAUAGCGAAAGUGAAACCGCUUCUAUCAGGACAUGAUCUCGAGAAAUUAAUCCAUGCCUUUAUCUCGACUCGUUUAGACUACUGCAAUGCCCUGUAUGUAGGCAUUAGCCAGGCCUCCCUCGCCCGCCUGCAGCUCGUGCAGAACUCUGCUGCUCGUCUGCUAACACAGACCCGCAGACGUGAGCACAUCACCCCUAUAUUAGCGUCCCUUCACUGGCUCCCUGUGCGUUACAGAAUCAAUUUUAGACUCCUUUUAUUUGUUUUUAAAUGUCUAAACAACCUCGCGCCAACAUAUCUCUCCGACCUCCUUCAGCCUUACUCUCCCACCCGAUCCCUAAGAUCAGCCGAUCAGCUGCUACUGACGGUCCCGGACACAAGGCUGAGGCUUAGAGGUGACAGAGCUUUCGCCGCUGCUGCUCCCAAGCUCUGGAACGACCUACCUCUGAGUGUUAGACAAGCCUCCUCUCUUCCUGUUUUUAAAUCUCUCUUAAAAACAUACUUUUAUUCCAUGGCUUUUAACACUGAGUGAUACCCAUCCUGCAAUGGCGCCCCAUAAUACACCUGCUGUGAACCUGUUUUUAUGUUUUUAUAUUUUAUUUAUUUUUUAUCGUGUUCUGUUUGUGUUGUGUUGUGUUUGCUCGGUUCUCGUAUUAUUUUUAACCUGCCCAUUGUACAGCACUUUGGCUACCCCUGUGGUAAAUUUUAAAUGUGCUUUAUAAAUAAAGUUGAUUUGAUUUGAUUUGAUUUGCGAUCGAUUGUAUGCCUGAGAUGAAAAUGACCUGGAUGAAUGAAAGCAUUCAUACACAUCUUGCUUAUUAUAUAUAAUACUCCCAUUUUUUAUAUGAAUAUUGUUUUGUGUUUGUUUUAGUAUUCAGACCUUUAUGUAACAAGCAAUGUAUGAUUCAACAAA